CAUUUUAAUGUGAAGGUAGAUUAAAACUUGGACAGAAUUUCAAACCAAUCCAAAAAAAAAAAAAAAAAACCCCAACUAAAUUCGCUCACGCAGAUAGAGAAGGUUCCAGGUGGUGGUUUCAUGAGGGUUGCUAUGAUGCAGUCAUCUCAGAGCCUGAAUCUCUGAGACUGAACUUCACUUGCUUUCAUGACAUGGGCUCAGACAGGAAUUUGAAAAAUGUACCCUGGACUCAACCCACAGGGCUCGCCCCUGACCUCCUUCAGUGAGUGACACUUCAUGACCAUGACACCUGUCAUCAGGUGGGAGCCCGGAGGGUGGCUGCUCUGGGCUCCACAUCCCAGUAUCUCCCCUUCCUCUUCUUAGUGUCAUCUUCCUGGUCACUUGCUCUGGAGUACUCCGCACAGACCAAGCAUGGCUUUCAUGACGAAUCACGGGCAUUUGGUAGUGUCUGAUGGAGGCCUAGGGAAGGCAGAUGUGACAAUGUGCAGAGGGAAAAGCAGGGGAAGCCCGGGCCCCACAUGGUGCCCGUGGGCUUCAGGAAAGAAGGAAAAAAACACCAAGCCGAGGUCUUAGUGCAGCUUCAGCCAUGGGCCUGACUCGUGCAUAGAUGGUCCCUCCUGAGUUCCCUGCCCAGGGAGCCAGGCUGCCCUCCACCUGAAGGCCAGUCAGCUGUGCCAGGGACUCUGCUUGGACUGACCUGGUCUCAAGUGUUUCUGUUUAGCAACAUUUGGACAAACGUUUAUUAAAGUAUAAUCUCUAAAUUAGCACCUUGAACAGGUAAUUAAUUCAAGUACAACACCCCCCCCCCACCCAAAUCUACUAGUGAAUUGUUUCUACGUGUUGUGACCCAGAUCUGUUGUAGCCGGUGAUGGGUGAGCUGAGCACAGGUGCAUCCUUCCUUGACCCCGGGUUCUCCCCGCCUUCUGAAGGGCAGAGUGCCCGACUCCAUGCUGGACCCCCUUAUCGGCCUCAUAGGAGUCUGCGUUUGCCCUUGACCAUGGCUUCACACAGCGCAUGUGGGGCAGGCGGCUGCCCCUGGGCCCCCAGCCGCGGGCUGUGCGUCCAGUACCAGGGCAACCACAGCUGGUCCCCGUGCAACCAAGCAUCACAGGUUUUGGCCUGGAGCUGAGGGCAGGGACCUAGGACAGCCCAGCCAUCUACCCACACUUCCUAUCUGCGGGGUCCUCGGUUCCUUCUGAGCAAGGGCUUCUGUGUUCAGGUGGGACUCUGCCCCUAGAGGGGCCUUCAGGGCCCCGGAUCUUCAGCUCUCCUCUCGGUGCCCCAGGCUGGACGGACCUCGGCAGCUCCGUCCAGCUCUGCCGGUCCUCCUGGCCGCUCCCACCCCUUGGGCUUCCCCGUGGUUCACGUGUGGCUCUGGUUGGGUGUGACGCCACAAACCAAGAACGGGUCUCCAAGCACGGACGUGCUGCUCAUGAGUGUGUGUGUGCGUGGCAGGUGAGCACAUGUGGACAUGUGGUUGGUUGGGGUAGAGGGGCUAGCUUCAUGGUUACUUCCGUUUGCUCCCAGUCACUUAACAGGUAUUUACUGAGCACCUACUAUGGACCGGUCACUGCCGUGGUGCUGGCGACAGAGCAGCACACAAACUAAGGGCCCCACCUUUGUUGUAGGGCCGUUACACCUGCUCCACCUGAAGACAGAGGUCUGGCACGGGCUUCUCUUUCCUGUGUGUACCCUGUCUCACUCUGUAAGGGGUUUGAGGCAGACGCAGGUCAGGUUAGGUCUGAGGACAACCCCCCUCAAGGCGACAGGCUGGAGAACACGUGCGGAUGUCGUCCUAGCGUCCUAGAACUCAGAAGAGGGAGAGAGAGAGCAUGCACGUGUGCAGGGGCGUGCAUGGGCGUGUGCACACUUGUGUGGGUGUGAUAGAGCCGGCUCCUUUUGCCCUGCUCCCUCGCUGCUCCUUCUGGUGCCGAGCAGACACUCCAGGAAUGAGUUUUCAUAGCAUCUCGUCCUGGACUUGGCCUCUGGCUUCAGGAAACCAGCUGUCACGGUCUGACAGGACGUGGGCGGCUUUGCUUAAUCUUUGUCGGGGAAUGCUUACGUCGUGUGCAGAGCCGGCGCUCUCCGAAGCAGAGUGCUCUCACUGGCUGCUGGGCCCCGAGCCAGCCUCCUCCAGCCCCUCGCUGCCCCAGAAGGACAGCAGGUGGGGCUCCAAGAGGCCAGCUGACCUGUGCAAGGCUGCUUCGCAGCUGGAGGCCGAUGGGGUGGGAAUCCAGCUUUGCUCCCCCGUGCCCAUUUUCUGCCACUCCGUCAUGCCCUUUUGCUCUUUUAGGUCGGUUCUACUCUGUCUUUAGAUGUUACCACGCCUUGUUUAAAUUCUGCGAAGGGGGUCAAAUAAGAAAUGCUGUAAUUUGUAAGGAGUAGGAAGGGUUGAGACACAUGAUUAUAGUAUUAUAGCAGCGCGUUGGGUAAGCGCUGGGUAUCCUAUAACAGGGCCAUCCUGGACAAUCUUGAUUUUGAUGGAGCAAGAAAACCGUGAGGCCUCAGCCUAGUAGUACUAAAUCAGUGCCUCCUGAAAGGAUAUUGAUCUUUUUAAGCCCGAAAUAUACCAUUUAGAAACCAAAUGCCGUGCAGAGUCCGCACGGAAAGCUCAAGUUCAGGAUGUAAGCUUUCAGCAGAGUCUCGUGUUCAUAAUGUGCUUGUUGUACCUUCAGCGUUUGUUAUAUAAUUACUCAUUUAAAUGCCGUUCUCAGUAACAGAUUUAAAAGGGACUUCAUUGCAUGAUGUAUUCCUGUAAGGCUUUGUUCUUUACUGUUGCUCCGAGGUGGUUUUCACGCGGAAGGAUGUGAGGAGCUGCCGCUGGCGUCUUUUGCACCAGGAGAGUAGAUGCUCUUCUGACGAGCUCAUCGGUUCAGGAUGGGAAACCACGCGGGAAAGCGGGAGUCAAGCGUGGAGAAGGGCAACAAGGACGGAGAAACCAGCGCAGGAGAGUCUGACAGGAAGAGGGACGUCCGCCGGCUCUCCCGGGAGACCUCGGAGGACAGCGAGGUGUUCGGGGAGGCAGAUGUGGAGGAGAACAAUGGGACCCCCUCUCAGGACACAGCGGUGACAGACUCCAAGCGCACAGCGGACCCAAAGAAUGCCUGGCAGGACGCCAACCCAGCUGACCCCGGGGGCCGCCCCCACUUGAUCCGCCUCUUUUCCCGAGAUGCCCCGGGGAGAGAGGACAACACCUUCAAAGACAGGCCCUCGGAGUCAGACGAGCUCCAGACCAUCCAAGAGGACAGUGCAGUCAGUCCUGAGGGCCUGGAUGUGAUGGCAUCACAGAAAAGACCCUCCCAGAGGCACGGAUCCAAGUACCUGGCCUCAGCAAGCGCCAUGGAUCAUGCCAGGCAUGGCUUCCUCCCGAGGCACAGAGACACGGGCAUCCUUGACUCCCUCGGGCGCUUCUUUGGCGGUGACAGGGGUGUGCCCAAGCGGGGCUCAGGCAAGGUGAGCUCUGAGGAGUAACUAGGGGCACGCAGAACGUGUGUCCACUUUAGUUGACAAGGAAAAGGAAGGAAAGUCAGCAGGUGAGCUAAGCCCUAGCAGGGAUCCUGGAGCAGCCCCCCUGCCGCCCUGCUGCUGUCCUUGCUGGCCAUGCCGUGGCCGCGGGCGGGGGUGGCAGGGGGGCUGGGUUGCUGCUUUUGCUGCAUUUCCACACAGCUCAGCCUCCUUCCUUCCUCUCCUCGCAGGGGAUGCGAUCAGGAUGUGGCUCAGGAAUGCAAGAACAUUCUGAACUCUGCAUCCCUGGGGCGCAUGGCGUGGGCAUCGUGGGCAUUGUCCGGGGUCUCGUGCUCGGGUUUUGUGGCUGAUUCUGCUUCUGUGUCCACGCUUUUGGGGUCGACAUUGGGUUGUGCUCAUUUUCCUUGGAGUCUGUGCUGCUAGCUUGACGUGGUCUUGCAACAAUCGUGCGAUUGAGGACUUUUGAACAAACUCGAAAUUUAAAUUCGCCUUGAGCAAAUUGUGUCUUUUAUCUGAGUUAUUUAGGGGAAAGGGGUGGAGGGAUCCUUGCGUGUGCUUAUGAAUCAGAACUGUGUUAUUUUGUUAUUCCAUUAAUUCGAAUAGAGAAUCUGUGAAGUUUCACUAUGUAAAUGUUCUGUAGAUACAAAUUGUAUCAGGAGGGGAAAAAGCUCCCAUCGUGUCAGUGCCCAGCCUCGGCUCCUGGAGUGGAUGGUGACUGGGUCAUCCAUGGAGACGGUCCAUCAGAGAGCUGAGUCCCAAGCGGCUUUGCUGUAGCAAACACAUAGCAUGUCCUAUGCCUCUUAGCUGGGUCCUUUGGGAAGGAGAGGGUCUUUUCAAGAAAACCCGGGUUUAUUGGCUGCGCUCACAAAACACACAUGAUGUAGCUUUUCCUCUGGCUGUGCAUCCUGCUGAUCCUGAAAGUCUUGGGAAUGUAAAGAUUCUUUUGAGUGAAGUGUGGAGCAGGGGCCCUGACUUGCAAUUUUAAAGGAGUUUCUUUCGUCUCUGACUACAAUUUUUUUAAUUACUGAGGAUUGUGAAAUCGUUGAACAGUAAACGGGAAGGCAGUUUGGGCGCUGGAGGCUCAGGUGCUGCUAAUAUGUCUCUCGCAUCUGCCCCCAGGUGCCAACAUCUCUCACAUGACACUUGCCGUGACUUCUGGUGACUAACACUUGCCGUGACUUCAGUGCUAACAGGGUCCACCUUCUGCUUGCUCCUUUCAGUGUCCGUCUUUGCAGACCGUUGCUUUAACUGUGGGGCAGUCUUGCGUCACCCCAAAAUGGCGGUCGUCUGAACUAUUUCCAAUGCUGAUUCCAGCCCGAGGUGCUUUUUGGGCCCUGCUAUGAAACCACACCAGCCUCUGGCUGCCAGGUUGGGUCUUGCCGUUAUUCUAAGCCCCCAGUAGGCAGGCAGCAUCGCCAGUUUGAAAGCUUAAGCUAUUCUGCUUCACUCAAGGUACAGGAAAAAAUAUAUUUACACUGUGCAGAAAAGAUUAAAUCGCUGUAUAGCAUAUAUUAUAAAACAAGCUCCAUUUCAGUGGUAGUGGUCUCAAUUAAAAUUGUGAAUGCAUUGAUAUCAUUGUGACUUUAUUUCAGAAUGGAUAUACACGUACGCGCGUACGUGCAUCGCGUUUGUUCUCCUCUGUGUAGAAUUACAACCAUUGUUGCUUUAAGGCUCUUAGACUCUUUAAUACUUUCAAAGAAGAGAUUCAUCUCGGAAGUAGGCAUUAACUUUGCAAAGUAGUGUUGCCCGAUUAUCAAGGAUCCAGAGAAAUCAGAGUACUUUCACAGGAUUUUUAAAAAUGAAAACCAUGUUUAAACAAUUGCUUUAGAAUUUUUGAAGUAUCAGUUCUGUUCACUACUGAAUGUUGAAUAAAGAAGAUUUAAAAA